UGUAACACCAUUAUCUCCAUCACUUUCAUGAUAUAAACCAUCCGUAAUUCCACAAAAGUCAGGCUCUUCGACUUCCGAGAACUCGAAGGAUCGCAAACAAUGGCACAGACAGACAUCCCCGAUGCAGAGCGAAAGAUUGGAACACGCGACAAAGAUGUCCCCUGGUACAACCCAGACAUCGGGAACAAACUCAGCCCAUCAGCUCGAGAGCUCCUAGAAACAUACUCCAAGAUCCUCUCUGCAGAAGUUGAAAAUCACGUGAAGAGAAUUCGCGAUCAAGCCUGGGAAGUCUGGCCCUACCCGUGCAUCGGCGGCUUCAGGUUCCUAGACCUAGCAAUCGGCGACUCGCCCAAUUACCCCCAGAUACUGCAACGCCUCAAAACAGGAAACGAGAAUUUCCUCGAUCUGGGCUGUUGUUUCGGGCAAGAGAUCCGGCGUCUCGUCGCCGAUGGUGCACCGUCUGAGAAGCUCUACGGAUCAGAUCUGCGUCCCGAAUUUUUCGAGCUCGGGUAUGAGUUUUUCGGUGACAGAGAUAAAUUGCAGAGCAAGUUUAUUGCGGCGGAUAUCUUUGAUCCGGAUAGCGGAUUGAAGGAAUUGGAGGGGAAGAUCGAUAUCUUGUAUGCGGGGAGCUUCUUGCAUCUCUUUGGGUAUGAGAAGCAGUUGGAGGUCUGCAUCAGGAUUGCGGGAUUGUUGAGGGAGAAGGAGGGGAGCUUGUUGGUGGGGAGGCAGGUUGGGCAUGUCAAUGCCGGGGAGAGGACUCAUCGGACGAAUCCGGAUCAGAGAAUUGAAGAUAAGCAGAAGCUGACCCAAGCUAAUUCCAGGUUCAGGCAGAGUGAGGGGAGUUUUACGAAGAUGUGGGAGACUGUUGGGGAGAAGACGGGCAGUAAAUGGAAAGUUAAUGUGAAAGUUGAAGAGAUCGAUGAGACUGAUAGAAAUAUGAGACCAAACGAUCAGGAUGAAGGGCUGAGGAGGUUAAGGUUCAGUGUCUUUAGGCUUUGA